CCUCCCUCUCAUUCAAUGCAAAACACUUAUAUAAACACACCAUCAAAACCAUUUUCAAACCCCACUCUUCAUUUUUUUUUUCUCUUUCUCCUAAGAUAUUUUCCUCGUCACCCACACAUGGCUCCCUUCAACUAUGGUGAUGACUACAUCGGCACUGAGAGCUGCAACAUUGACCUCAACGACGACAUUGUCCUCUCCGAAACAAACACUGUUGUUGUCUCCAAGAACAGUGCCAAGAGAAAGGAAAAGCGAGAGUUGCCGCCCCCUAUACCCAUGGAAUUCGUGAUGAGGAGAUACUGCACCGCGGAUGGAAGAUUGAUCUUAAAAGAAGAAAAGCUCAAACAUCACGAGUGCUUCACAACGCACAGAGCCAAUGGUCGUCUCACAAUACAUCUUGUUCCUCUCUAUCAGGAGGAAGAAGAAAGAGAAGAAGAAGAUGAUGAAGAACAAGAAGAAGAAGAAGCUCCCACUCCAUUUGCGAUUAGGUUAAGAGCAGAACAGGUUGAAGACCAGUGUCGUAGUAUAACAGUUCAGGGUUAAUUCAUUCUCCUUUUGUUCUUUUAGUGCUAUUUUUUGUUGUUACAUGUUCCACCUUUUUGGCCGCAAUAAUAUUCCAGUUCCUUGUUUCUCAUUA